UUCUUUUAAACAGUGAGUAGGUACCAAAGAAUCCUCACACUACAAAAUGACUACAUCAGUGCUGCUUUUAGCAUACAAAUUAGAAAAAGAAGGUACUUAUAAAUCGUUUUUCAACGAUCUAGUCAAAACAGAACCACCGCAAUGGCAUCUUAGUAUUUUGGUGUUCAAUUUUGAAUAUUCUUACUCGAACAGGGGAAUUACUAUACAAAAAAUAUACGAUAAGCCCACCGAAAUUACUUACAUGGAUUAUACGGAGGUUACUAAAAAGCAACUGGACCAUUACGUGAAUAUAGUACUACCGGAAUGUGGUUGGACCAAGGAGAAUUAUGAUAUUUCUGAAAAAAAUUGUCAACAUUUUGUUCAUGUCAUUUUGGGAUUCUUAGAUGUAGACGAACCCGUACCGAAUUACUAUGUUAAAUCAAGAAAUACAUAUGUAACUUCUUAUAAAAAUAUUGUGUUUUCCAAAAAAGAUCGUAGUACACGAGAAUUUUCUUCUUCGAUUCCAGAAACCAGUGUUAACAGCUCUGUUGUAAAAAUGAGUAAUUUUAUGACACCUGAUUCAGUGAAAAGUUUCAGUAUAGAAAAUCAAAUUGGAAGAGGAUUAAAUUCAAAUAAGUUUAUACCACCAAACCAACCCUCCUUCUCCUCCAUAUGGAAGCCGCAACACGAAGAUUUAAAAACUCUACCAGGUGUCAAUUUCCUUCAACCAGAAUAUGCAGCACAUUUUCACUCUCAUGCUGUUUGGCCACCGCGCCAAGUGGAAUAUCAACGUCCAUGGCCGCGUAAAGUUCACGAAUGUGAGUCACACUGUCAGGUGAACAGAUCCGGCUUCGGGAAAAAUUUAAUGCCCAGCUCAGAGUCUUUUUGGUCAGUUUUUUCGCGUACAGGCAGAUCCGAAGAGUGGCCUCUAUUUUAUAGUAGAGAAGUGGACGGUAAAUUAAGAAGACUAGAAAAUAUUUUUUCGAAGAAUCAUACGAGGGGUGGCUAAUAUUUAAUGGAAGAAUGUUACGGAAAAUGAAAUGGAGGUAAAUUAUGAAAGAAAGCGACAAUACUGCUCAUAAUAGGGCAGACUAGGGACUAUAAGCAAAAGACAGGUAUAUAUGCACAGUGGGAAUUACGGAUUUGUUGCUUUGUUUUUUAAUUUACAUUUACAUAGUAUUUAUUUUGAAUUUGGA